AUGGCCGAGGCGCUGGGAGGGAUCGCUGGAGCCCGCUGGUGCUGGCGGGGGACGCGCUGCUGCCUCGCAGUGAAGCGAGGAAGCUGCACGACUGACUUCAAGCUCCCGCUGCUACAAGGGGCAGCCUUGGUGCAGGACAAGGGCCCUGGCCGCGGAGGUCAGGACCUGCGGACGUUCCUCCGGCUGAGGCCCAGCGCUGAGGGCAGGGUGUGCGUCCGCCUGCCCGGCGUCGGCGUCGUGAGGAGCUGGGACACCCCCCGCCUCCAGGCCCUGCGGAGGGGGGUUGCAGCUGACUUUGAUGAAUCUAAGCCCCCCAGCGUAGAACAGCUGGAUACACUGAGAGAGUUUGCUGGAAUCGCUGCCGGAGCCUCAGCUCCCGAGAGCCUUGCUACUCUUGCCUUUCUUUAUAUGUGCCUGGCUAUUUCGGCUAAGUAUGGAGAUGUUCCCAGUGUGGACAUACUGGUGUGGUCUGAGCUGCCCACGGGAGCUGGGCUGGGUUCAAGCGCUGCCUUCGCCGUGUGCCUGGCGGCCGCCCUGCUGACAGCGUGCGGAGCCAUCUCGUGCCCUCUGAAGGAGGGGGAGCCCACAGCCAGGUGGACAGAAGAAGAGCUGACUUUGAUUAACAGCUGGGCCUUCCAAGGGGAGCGGGUGAUCCAUGGCAAUCCCUCGGGCGUGGAUAAUGCUGUUGGUACCUGGGGUGGAGCCCUGAGAUACCAAUCAGGAAAAAUCACACCAUUAAAGAGGGUGCCGAUGCUGAGGAUCUUGCUGACCAACACAAAAAUCCCUCGAAGCACCAAGGUCCUGGUGGCUGGUGUCAAGGAGAAGCUCCUGAAGUUCCCUGCUAUAAUGAACCCGGUGCUGGACUCCAUCGAUGCAAUUUCUCAGGAGUGCCAAAGUGUUCUGGAAGCGAUGCCUGCAAAUCCAUCACCAGAGUAUUACCCUGUGCUAGAGGAACUCUUUGAUAUAAACCAGCACCACUUAAACGUGAUCGGAGUCGGCCAUCCCUCCCUGGACAGGCUGUGCCGGGUGACGGCGUCCCACGGCCUGCAUAGCAAGCUGACAGGGGCCGGUGGGGGUGGCUGUGGCAUCACCCUGCUGAGACCAGACACCUCCCCGCUGGCCGUGGAAGCAGCCAAGCGAGACUUAUGUGCCUGUGGAUUUGAAUGCUGGGAGACCAGUAUCGGGGCCCCCGGAGUGACCCUCCACUCCUCCUCGUCUUUAAACACCGAAGUGCUGCACGCGCUCUCCAAGAGUUAAGCUUCUGCCUCUGGCAAGACUGAGCUCUUGGCACCGUGUCCUCAGAGCGAUGGUUUUGUGUGCCCCCGACUCCUGGAAACUUCUCUCCUGCUCUCCUGUGCGGCUGAGGGCUUCUAGACGUGGCUGUGGAGCCAAUUUCGGGCCCGGUGUCUCGGGGAGUGGGGGCUGCAGUGAGGACCUGGGAGCAACCGCUUGCGCUCGGGCGAGGUGGGCAUUUGACCCAGGCUCUCAAAAUCCUGUUUUGAAUUUCCUUACUCAACUGCUGUGCUAAUCCCAAGGGGCAGGAGGAGAGGGUCUUGGCUGGAUUCCAGCGCAGAUAAUGACACUUUGCUUGGUUCUGCUGCUUCAGAUGCAUGUGGUGUCUCUUCCCUUCUCCCCCGGUGUCCUGUGAGCCGAGGCUGGCGAGGUGGAUGUGCCGAGCACUUUGACAUUUUCGGGUGAAAAGCAUCGUGGCAGCUCAGGGCUUGACACUCAGGUCUCUGUUUCUCCUGGACUGCAGUUCACGGUGGAGAGGAAACCUUUAAAUGCAGCUCUUGCCUGCUGCUAAUUAAGAGUUGUCUAGUUAAAAUGGAACAUACAGCACAACUCUAAUGAAAUUAUCACGGUUUUCACUCGUGCCCACAGUCUCUGCCUGGGCUGGUAAGCAGGGUCCCGUAGCCAGACUGGUUUCGUUUGUGUGCUGGAGGUCUGGUUCAGGCAGGAGCUGUCACCUGCGAGGAGGGCGCCUAAGGGCAAGGGCAGGCUUAAAAUUUCUACUUGCAAUCGCUGUUCUGGGAUCUCUCUGGCUUCAGUCUUAAAUGAGCGUGCCCUUGACCUUGCCUGUUGUUGGGUGUGUGAAAUGUGCCACUGCCAGGGCGGGGGGGGACAGAGGGGGCAGGCAGUGGGAAGAACGCUAAUUUGAUUUAGUUCGAAGGAAUUGUUCUUUAAAUAGGAAAAUAAAAAACCCACACGACGAAACCACCUCCUCGGAAGUUGACCAUAACUUGGAAUUGGCAAACUAGAAAGCCUAAAAGCAUCUAAACUUCUUACGCAAAUGUAAAUGCAGUUUUUACUUGUGAAAUUUUAAUGAAUUGUACCACGGAACUAAAGGGAAUCGGCAGGUACGUGUCUGAAGCCAAAGUAUCUUGAAGUAAUAAGCUGACUCUUUGUGGCUGUGGUCUCUUCUCUGCCUGCCAAAGAGAUUUUAUCAUUUUCUGUUUGUCUGGGGAUUUUUAAGUGUAGCUCUGUUCAAGAAUUGCUCCAUUCAAAGCUGAGUAAUAAAUUGACAGAGGUGGGGGAGCUCACCUUCCUCUUCCCCUGCAGGAAUAAAAAAAAAAACAAGCGUGAGAAGUCAAGAUGUACUAGCUCUAAAAUCCUGACAUCCUGAUGACCAGCUUUAGUUCACUGAUCAGAUGUAAAACUGUCUCUGGUUUUAAUAAAUUGAUGGGGUUUUUUUUUUAUGUGCAAAAUGUUCUUUGAUAAUUAUGCUGCAUACAAAAGGAAAAAAGUACCUUACACCGCUUCAGUAAAAACAGGUUUCAGAU